CCUUGUCCGACUUUGUUGCUCUCCUGUCCCGCAAACUCCUCUCCAGUCUCUCCGAGGGGAGCCGAAGAACAACUCGACAAAGUCCCAAACAUGGAAGGCGACAACAUAAUAAUGCCUGCUUGACUCGGGGACAUUUUCCAAGAUGCCAGGUCUUUUGUCCAGUCCUGUGUGUCUGACAGUCAUCUGGUUUUUAUCUUGGUCGCUGUGUUCCAGCCGUGCUCAGAUAUGGACUGAUGAAGUGUCAGGCGUGCAGUACGGGCGCUUGGAUUCUAACGUGACACUGGCAUGCGGGAAGUCACCUAUUAGGAUACCUGUGGUGUGGCAUCUCAACCACAACUCAGCGUUGCCAUGGCACAAAGUGACAACAGAUGGAUCCUUAGUCCUGCUGCACGUCGACCACUCAGCCCAAGGCAACUACAGCUGCUAUGACUACAAGGGGCUCCUCCUCCACUCUGUCAAACUCAGACUGGGUCAUCCCCCUGGGCUGCUGAGCAUUUCCUGUCAAGUGCCCAAUCACACGUUUGUUCGCUGCUCCUGGGUGGAAUCAGUGAGGACAUUCCUGCCAGCCAAGUACAAUGCCUCCCUCAGGAAUGGUCAUGAGUGGAGGCCAUGCAUUGUGAAUGUCACCCACAAGCACUGUGUUGUAGAUCAUCCUUCCUUCUGGCACACUCCCCAUAUUCUUAGAAUCACAGAGAUCAAUGUCCUCGGGUCUCAGACAACAAUUGGACGGUUCAGGUUACAUGAGCUAUUGAAACCAGACCCUCCAGAGUCCGUGUUGGCAAAGGAACUUGAAGGCUAUCCACAGAGGCUAAUGGUCUCAUGGAACUUUCCCUCCUCCUGGCCGCUACAGAAUGCUUUCCCCCUAAUGUUUCACAUUAGAUACAGGCCGCUUGGCUCCAUGUACUGGUCAGAGAUUUAUUCAGAGGAUAGUCAUGUCGUGGUGCAUGACGCCCUGGCCGGCAACCCUCACGAGGUUCAGGUUCGAGCCCGGGACGAGGUGAACGCAGAGAGCCAGUGGAGUGAAUGGAGUCCCAUGCUUUUAGUCCAUCCCUGGGAAGACUACAGCACCUCUGAACCUGCAGAGGAUAAAUUCACAGACUAUCUUUUUCCCUUCAACACAAAGUUCGAGACCUCCACUGCAAAAUCACACAAUCCUGUAGUUGAGGAUGAAGGUAAUUUGGGUUUGGUGAUCCUGCUGGUUUUGUUCUCCGUGGUCAUCCUCACCACCGUCCUUUCCCUCAUCUUUGUCGUGUGGGUGAGGCAGAGGCGGCGUGAUCAUGUGAGCAAACAAGAACUCACCUCUAUGGUCAAGAUGAAGUCCAUGUCAAUCUAAUGUUGAUUUCAAGCAUCUUCCCCUCAUCAGCCCGUUCUAGGGCUCCUCCCAAGACUCAGCCUCUGCCUUCAUCACUGUAGCACGCUGACCGUCAGUAUUCAACCACAUUAAUAAAGAAUGCAUCAGUCAGAACCCACGCAGGAUCUAUGGUGACAGAGACUAACUCCACACAAGGAACUUUACAGAGUAGGGUAAAGUUACCCAGCAUGAAAAAGCUGACUGAAGGGUAAGUUUAGCCGGACAUAUUCACAUCUACCUGCACUUCCCAUUGUGCAUCAGCAGACUCUACCUACUGCAAAGCAGGUACAAGGGAAAAGGGACCCUACUCCGUCUCUUUUAAAUUUACGUCAGCAACUUCACUGCAAUUCACUCCUCAGCGGACCACAGGAGCGACGCUGCACCGGGACAUUUUGAGUUCACUCACAAUGAAUGCUGCUUCAGAUUUUCGGAGAGGGGCGACAGUGUUUUUAACCUUUUUGAAUUUCUCAGCAACAAGUGAGAACGAGAGGUGCAGCUGCCAAACAGGAGAAGAUGAUUCUGUGGUGGGAUUCUUUUUCUGGGACAUCUUGCCUCUCUUCUCCCACACAGAACUCAUCCUUUUGUUUUUUAAUGAAUUGUGAGAAGUAACAGAUUAUUGUGCGCCCAUUAUUACAUCAAUUGACUGACUGACUCAAUGCUGUGAAGGAAGCAUAACUUUUGCCAGUCUCUCUGUGUGCAUCUGAUGCCAAAGCAGCAAUUACGGGCAUUAUGGAUCUCAGCAGGAAGCAGCCUGUUAUUGGCUCCUGACCAGAGGGAAGGACAUGGAGA